UCCAGCUGAUGGUCAACAAAACAUUGAAAACAGACUUUUGGCGCGCACUUUCUGAAGAUUGUGUAGUUUACAAUUAUCUAAUACAAAUACAUAGAAACAAUGAGCCUGUGGGUUGAUAAAUACCGGCCUAAGGAACUGAAUAAGCUGGACUACCACCUAGAACAAGCAGGACACCUAAAGAAGCUGGUCGAGGGUGGAGACUUCCCUCACCUGUUAGUGUAUGGACCGCCCGGUGCUGGCAAGAAGACCCGCAUCAUGUGUCUGCUGCGGGAACUGUAUGGCCCAGGGGUGGAGCGUCUCAGGAUCGAACACCAGAACUUCCAGACUCCAUCCAAGAAGAAGCUUGAGAUCAUCACCUUAGCGAGCAACUAUCACGUGGAGGUGAACCCAAGUGACGUGGGGAUCUAUGACACAGUGGUGGUUCAGGAGUUGAUCAAGACUCUAGCCUCUGUCCACCAGCUUGACACAACUGGCCAGAGAGAAUUUAAAGUGGUAAUUCUGACUGAGGUGGACAAGCUAACUAAGGAUGCCCAGCAUGCUUUGCGUCGCACCAUGGAAAAGUACAUGGCCACUUGUCGCCUCAUCCUGUGCACCAACUCCACCUCCAAGGUCAUCCCAGCCAUACGCAGCCGCUGCCUUGGUGUGAGGGUGCCUGCACCCUCUUUAGAGCAGGUGGCUCAAGUACUGCAGGGUGUUUGCAAGAAGGAAGGCCUUAAUCUCCCACCUGAACUGGCCACAAGAAUGGCAGAAGCUUCCAAUCGCAACCUUCGUCGUGCUCUGCUCUUGUGUGAGGCCACCAAAGUGCAACAGUACCCUUUCAGCAAGCAGCAGGAAUUAGUGAUGCCCGACUGGGAGGUUUACCUGAGAGACACAGCAGCAAAGAUUGUGGAGGAGCAGAGUCCCAAGCGCCUGCUGGAAGUGCGAGAAAGGAUUUAUGAACUCCUGACUCACUGUAUUCCUUCAGAAGCCAUCUUCAAGGGUCUGCUCCAAGAACUGGUCAAGAACUGUGACGGAGAGUUAAAAUGUGAAGUGACUAGUCUGGCCGCCUUCCAUGAGCACCGCCUCAACCUGGGCUCCAAACCCAUCUUCCAUAUAGAGGCUUUUGUGGCAGCCUUCAUGGCUCUCUACAAGAAGUUCCUAGAAGAGAGUAUGAAAGACAUGUUUUAGUCAUGAUCAGAAAUAAUGUGUGCUCACUUUCACCUAGUUUUGUAUUUCCCUCAACCUCAAGUUCUCAGAUCUGUUGAUAGUCUUCUUAGGAACAUUGCAAUUUACUAUGCUGAUAUGCAGAUUAGUGGCUUAAUUGAGGGCAAAUGCUAAAUACAUCUAUUGUGGAAAUAAAUGUACUAUAUUACCCCACCAUUGACCAUGAUUAUACAUAAAGUAACCAUUACAUUAUUUCUUUUAAAUCUAACAUAGCUGUUCUAUUUUCAAUAAAAAGCUAUUAAAUAUG